AUGUCCUUGGUGGAUAGGAAAAGAGAGUUUGACAUUAUCUGUAUAUCCUAGAAUGUUUCCUUGUUUCAGCAAAUGUACUCAAAGAUCAAGUCAUAUAAUAUUCAUAUUUGGGGAGGAAAAGAAUAUAAAUUAUGUAUUCUCCCUGAAGAGCAGAGGAGUUUAGGUAUCAUAAAUAACGGCACAGAACAUACAACAGGAACUAUAUUCUGGGAACAGGGUGUAGUGCUCAGACAGUUUCAUUUUCUCAACUCAGGGAAAUUCCAAUGUGGCGGAAUUGUUGUGUUUGUGUGUGUGUUAGAGAGAGAUUUUAAUCCCGUCCACUUCCACUGAAUUAGUGUGAACACAUUUUGUCUGGUGUCAGUGGGUGGAUGAUAACAGGCAGCGUCAAAGAAUUAAGAAAAAGCUUUGAAACUGUCAGAUUUAUAUAUGCAAUUUAAUAAGCCAUCUGUCUGCUAAAUUGCCUUUCCUCUUAGAAAGAAAGAAUUAAUUAUAUAUGUGUUAGGCAUGAAUACCUAUAAUGUUUUAUCUGUAAACUAUGCUCGGUGAUUAAUGUGAAGUCAAAACUUUUCCAGAACUCUGUCAUAUUUUUUCCUGGUGCUCCAGACUUCCCUGUGCCUCCCCGUUUCCAUUGUUGCCAAUAAAAUCCUAGGAGACAAUUCAGUCAAUGUUUUAAGGAGCAUUGACUUCAUUCAUUGGGAAAGACGAAAUAGUUCUAGUUCAGUCAGAGAUGAGGUUUUUGGUAUCUAUAAAAAGCUCAGCAGGACCUGCAAGACAAUCGGCUUUCUGCUCUUUCCAAUUUAUGACUGAGCCUUGGACGUAUGGUUGCUAAUGCCAUAGGUCCUCUUUUUAUUAACCAAUUGUGUUUCCCUUGUUGUCUGACAUGGAUGGCCCAGGUUGGCCUGAUCUCAUCCUCUCGUGAAAGCUACGCGGGGUUUGCUGUGGUCAGCCCUUGGAUGGGAAACCACCAAGGAAGUCCAGGGUUGCUACACACAGGCAGGCUCAUCUCUUGUCUUGACCUGGUUGGCCCAGGCUGACCUGAUCUCAUCAGGUUUCAGAAACAAAGCAGGGUCUGCCCUGGUUAGCCCUUGGAUGGGAGACCACCAAGGAAGACCAGGGUUGCUACAAAGACAGGCAAUGGCAAACCAUUUCUAUUCUUCCUGCCUUUAAAACCCCAUGAUGAUCGCCAUGAGUGGGUUCCUUUUAGAGGCCAUUUUCUACAACCUCUUUCCUUUGAAGUCAAAUUCUCCUUGAAACCUUGAUAAGAUUGAUCAGUAAAGGCAUUCUCUUUGGGGAUUGUUUUAAAUCUGGGGGUUUCUCCCUCUGUAUUUUACCUGUAUUAUCUUAUAUGCCAAUAAAGGCUUGGUGCUAUGCUAUGCAUCAAACACAUCCCAGACGGUGUAAUAAAUGUUUUAAAAGAAUACAAUCAGUAACAGCUCUAAGGGACCUCUCCCUCAUAUUGGCAGAGAAGUCUGAAAGAGUCAAUAAAAGAAUGAAGGCUUAAAAGAGAAUUGGCUGAUGUGCUUUUAUUCAACUUGCAGACAAAGCUUGUCCAAACAACCCAGGCAGAAAAGACCUGAGGCUGCAUUUACAGAAAAUGAGCCCACCCUGAAGGGUAGUUUAUAGCCAGUUGUAGAAAAACAGCAACAUCAAAUGGAGAAUGGAGAGGAGCCGGGGUGGAUCUGGCUGCCACAGGUCUGUUUCCUCUGUGAUGGUGGCCAGUCCAUUCUAACCUAGCACUUUCUCUGCUAGCUUGUCAAACGGAGUGUCCAGCACAAAAGCCCGUACCCUCCCAUGCCUGGCUGCUGACUCUGCAGAAAAGCCUUUUAACUGGCAUUCUCUGCCUGACUCAGGACACAUCAGGUGUGCCGGGGCUAUGGCACAAACCUUUGCCUUUCUGCUGAUCCUGCUGGGAGCACAGUUCAUGGCCUCCUCCUUCAAAAUCUGUGCUUUCAACAUCCGCAACUUCGGCAAGGCCAAAGCUGCAAACCGGAAGGUUAUGGGAGCCCUGGUCCAGAUUCUCUCUCGCUGUGAUAUAUCCGCUGUGCAGGAGGUCCGUGACUUCAAAGGCUCAGCGAUCCGGGUGCUGCUCCGGCAGCUGAACAGGUAUGAUCACUCCCAUCGCUACAGCUACCUGGAAAGCAAGAGACUGGGGCAUGGAAGCUAUAAGGAACAAAACGUCUUUGUCUAUCGGAUGGAUCUGGUCACCGUUACUGACUGGUGCCAGUUUGGAGAAGAGGAUUCCAGCCCUUUCAAGGCUUUUGUGAGGAGUCCCUUUGCUGCCCGUUUUCAUUCUCCAGUCACAGCCAUCUCAGAUUUUGUGCUGCUCCUGCACCAUGCCAGUCCUCGGGAAACUGCCCAUGAACUUGACCUUCUCUUUGGAGUGUGCAUGGAAUUGGUGCAACGCUGGAAGACGCAGAAUCUGAUGGUGCUGGGAGACCUGAAUGCCUCUGGGGCUUACAUCCCUGCCAGUGCCUGGGCAGGGAUCCGCCUACGUGUUCACCUGGAUUUCCAUUGGCUCAUCGGGGAUAAGGAGGACACCACUGUCAGCCACUGGACUUGCUGUGCCUACGACAGAAUCAUUGUCCACGGGGAAGAGUUACUCCGCGCUGUCGUGGCCAGGUCAGCCAAGCCCUUCAAUUUCACCCAUGCGCUUGGGCUCUCUGAAGAAGAGGCCCUAGAAAUCAGCGACCACUAUCCCGUGGAGGUAAAUCUAAGGCUGGCGCCCAGGGUGCAGCGAGAGCUCUGACUCUUCAACCAUCCUUCCUUCAGAGUUCUGAUCAUAAAGUG